AAGGGAUCUUUGGUAUUCAGGAACUUCAGUGGUCAAGGGUUGUUGAAAUCCAGGCCCUCCUCAGGAUCUAGAUAGAGGCAACGAAGUGGCAAGAUGUCAGAUUCUCUCCGAUUGCGGUAAUACUGAGUCUUUAAGCAGACAAGAGGAAUCACGGCUGAAUCUGAAUCCCCAUCCAUGUAGAAUCCUUUUUGCUCCAAAACCCACGAGCAAAAUCCACAUUGUCAUUGAUUUUUCCACUUUCCAAAGUCCCAAUAUCCAUAUCCAAUUUCUUCACGAUGUAUGGGGAAAGAAAAAAAAGACGUUAUAAUUUCUGCCCACAACUGGUAUACUUACCCACCCACCAGCCCCAGCUAUCGUCAUUGCUUAUUAUGCAUGGCCGACCGAGGUGGUCAGCUUUCGAGACAUGGUGCCCUGUUGGGCUGCGUGGGCUGCAAGCCUGCAAAGCCCCGCGGCGGGUGCAUUCCCCAAAUCACACUCAUCUGUCCUCACUCGCCUCUUAGGAGUCAGGUCUUGGAACCUCAGAAGUCCUCACCGACAAGCGAACGAGUAGGAGGGUCUUCCGCUGCGCCCCAAGCACGCAGGUCUCGGAAAAUGCAAAGGGUGCGCGGGCGAUCCCCAGAAGGAAUCCCGGUAAUGCGGGCCUCGGUAUUAGAGCCCCGGCUUGGGGGAGAUGCUCUCUUUUCGUACCAAGUACCCAAUCGUUGUAGAUGUCCCUCAAAACCCUGGCUGAGGGGCAGCGGAGACGGCACAAUGUGCUGUUGAUGCGCGACACCUUCGUAAGACCUCGGUCGUGUCGGCCGGCCGGCCAUAACUUC